GCUUCACUUGCCCACACCCACAUCCAAAUCCACUCGACUUUUUCAUCGGACCUGUUGUACGCUCGCUUUUACGCCGCCAUUGUUUCCAUUCCAGACAAAAGUUGCCGCCAGACGAUCCCCCUCGCAUUGCUCGCUCGCUGAACAUUCAUGCAAUGAGGUAGCUGGUCCGCCGCAUGCAUCAUGGCUCAGGUCCAGCGACCUUUCUUGAUUCAGUCACGAUGCAUACGACUACUAUGUCCGCGUCAAGCUUCCAGAGGAAAAGUGGUCUUCGCACGCGGACGGCACAGCUUGCAUACGAGGACAGUCACAGACCAUGACAUAGCUCACUUGGCCUCAUUGCCGCUUCAUCCUCUUACGCUCGCAGACCUCGUCAAACAUGGUCGGCCGCCGCUCACAACUCAGCAACUUCUCUCGUCAGCGAAUUUCACCCUCUCCAUACUCCCCGCACGCCUCGCACAUCGCAUAAAGUCGCUCCGCAACCUGCCCUUCAUAGUAGUCUCGAAUCCGCAUAUAUCCAAGAUACACUCCAACUACAUACAUUCCCUCUCAACCCUUCUACCAUGGGCAGAGCGGGAGAUCACGACCCUCGAAGACGAAGUGAAAUUCACAGAAGUCAUGGCGGACCUGGUGCACACACACAGCAACACAAUCUCCAUAUUAGCGCGAGGCUUCAUCGAAGCAAGGAAAUACAUCAGCCCCAAGGACGUCACCAGAUUCCUCGACGAGCAUCUGCGCGCGCGCAUAGGGACGAGGCUGAUUGCAGAGCAACAUCUGGCGCUGCACUUUUCGAGCCAACCCCAUAAGGAGAUGAUGCAUGAGGACCAUGCGCAUCCUGGGUUCAUCGGAGUCAUCGACACACAGUUGAAGCCUGCGAGGAUUAUUCGACAUUGCGAGAACGUCGUGGGGGAGAUAUGCGAGUUGAACUAUGGUGUAAGGCCGCAUGUCGUGAUCAAUGGGGAGCCGGACUACACGUUUGCGCAUGUGCCGAUGCAUCUGGAGUACAUUAUAACGGAGUUGUUGAAGAACGCGUUCCGCGCCACCGUGGAGGGUGGCAUGGAGAAGGAACCCAUCGAGAUCACCAUCGCACCGCUCGGAACCAACAGCAACAGUAGUCCCAGCAGCGGCAACGGCGACGGGCAUUCCGCGAGAACGACGCCCGAUGAAACCAUUACGAAUCAAACUCAGGGAAAUACGGAUGUGGCGUCGACGAACAUCACAGGGGCGACGCCAACCUUGCAAACCGACGACGCUAUACGUCCUCUAGAGCAUUCGACACCGGGGGUGACCAUCCGCAUACGGGACCGUGGCGGCGGCAUCUCCCCGGAGAACAUGGAGCGGAUAUGGGACUAUUCGUUCACGACGUUCAAUGAUGAGGAAGCGACUUCGACUCUGAAUGGCCAGAGUCCCCAGGAUUCGGGCAACGGCAUGGAUGCGCUGAAUGCCAUCUCGGGGCCUGGCGGAGAGCGGAAACAUAGCCUUGCCGGGCUGGGAUAUGGCCUCCCGCUGUCAAGGGCGUACGCGGAGUAUUUUGGGGGAGGUAUACACGUGCAGAGUCUGUGGGGAUGGGGCACGGAUGUGUACCUCAAGCUUCGGGGCGUGGGACGUGUCGAUGUAUGAAGGAGGGACAUAUGUGAAGAUCCUGGCUUCGGUUCGUUGAGCGUGAAUGUUUGCUUGCAUUUACAGGCGUUUUGCGGACAGGGCAGGCAUCUGUCUAUCUGGAAUCUGGGUCGUCAAAUGGGAACUGUGUGUAUUUGCUCCUGCCACCCGUUCAUGGUCUAUGCAGUCAUGCUACCGGGUAUACGAAAUCCAG